UGUUUUUAAUAAAAAUAAUUUAUCUCUUUGAACGAAUACUCUUGUUUUUUAAAUUUUCGUUGUCAACCGUGGUAUUCUCCAUUAUCGCGCUUCUCGCUCGCAGUCGUGCGAAACACGAUCCUCGUAAUACGAUCGGCGGUCUGUGUGUAUUCUCGUUUAAUUCUUUCUAUGGGUAUAUAUCGAACAAACAAAGGAACGGUUACCCGACAGUUAACGGCAGUAUCUCGCUGCGGUCGCUCCUAUCAGGUUACGUCCACUUUUCUCACUUCGCUAUUCGUAUCAAGAGCCGUAAUCAUUAUCAAUGUACUUCUAUGUGUAUAUAUGAAUUCCGAAUAUUCGGCUUCGUGGACGUCGCGAAAAAUCGACGGCGUUUUUGCGAAGAAACGUGUUCGGUACGUGAGGUGCCACACGGAACUGUCAUUUGGAUAACGUUUUUUGAAAAAAAAAGUGAUUACAGUACACGCGAUAAUCAUGUCGACCAAGACCUUGGUGCGCAAAGUGAAAUCAGGUAACUUCGAAUAUCGAGGCAAUUCCAAAUAUCCAUCGGGGAGCGUGUACGCAAUUCAUCCGCCGUCAGUUUGCGACCGCGUGCUCGACGACAGGCCGAUUCAUUUGAGAAGAAGCAGCGCGUGUGAAAGCAAAGAGAUUGAGAAGAUAAGAAGCACGACCGGUACUUCGAGUAAAAGAAAAUACUUGAUUCCCUCGAAGGAGUCUGGAGUUUGUCCAAAAAUCAUGACGAGAAAGGAAUACGAGUGUUUGAAGGAUCGCAGUCGCACGAUGUCGAAGGCAGAGAAACAAGAGGCUCUGGAAACUGUGGAAAAGGAGAGGGAGAGACUUACAAAAGAAAGUAUGGAGCGAAAAGAGGCAAUUCGUCAAAUGGAUCUUAAAAAAGGCCGUGAGAAAGAUCCUAAAACGAGAGAGAUCGAGGAGGAAGCUCGUAAAAGAACGAUGCAUUUCCUUGAGCGAGCAAACAACUUGCGUAUGGAACAGGAGGAGGAGAUAAAAAAAUGCAAUCGUAUUAUUCUGGAAGCCAAAUGCCGCGCAAUUCGCGAUGCCCAAAUCGCUGAGAAAAAGUUGAUUGAACGAGAACUUCUCGAGGAGGAAAAACGUUUGAACGACAUGAUGGAAAACGAGAGAAGAUGGAAGAUCAAGGAAGAGUUGCGAAAGGAACAGGAACAGGUGGCUAAGAGAUUGCAAUUCGCGAAGAUUCUGAAAGAACAGAUAAUCGAAAAUGAAGAACAUCGAAUUCUCGAGUUCGAGAGAAAACAGGAGGAAAGUCGACUUAUUAAUUUAAGUAACAUAGCUUGGCAACAGGACGAAAUAGAGAAACUGCGUAACAAAGAAGCUGAAAACGCCAGAGUGCGGCAGGAACUCGAGGAGGGAAACGAACAAUUAAAGUACUUCAAAGCUAUGGAGGAGGAGGAAAACAAAAUUAUCGAUCUGAGGAUACAAAACUAUCAUCGAUUGAAGGAAGAACGAGAGGCUAAAAAAGCAGAGGAGCAGAGAUUGGAGAAAUUAAGAAAGGAGCGUGAGAAAUUCAGAGUGGCGACUCAAACAGUACAAGCGUACGAGCUUCAGGCGCAUAUUGAUGAAAUUAAUGCAGCUCGGAUACAAGAAGAGGUGGAGCGAAAAUGGAGACAAAAAGAGAAGGAAGAAGCUUUGAAACGACAAGAGGUCCAAAGGAUUCUUCAACAUGAAAGAGAACAGCAGAUAAAUAACAAGCGAAUAAUGCAAGCUAUUGAAAUCGAGCGGGACAGGCGAGAAUUCGAGAAAAUCGUGCGCAUGCAACAGAUGGAAUUUAACAAAGAAAAGAAGGAACUCGAGCGAAAGCAACGGCAAGCUUCGAUUUAUUGCAGUGAGAUCUUAAAACAGGUGAAUGAAAAGGAACGAGAACGUAUUGCCGAACGACAGAAAAUGUUUGAAGAAGGUUUGGCGAUUCGCUCGCAGAUCGCGAUGCGCAAGAAGACACUGCAGGAUGCAAUGGAACGAAAAUGUCAAGAAAUGCGAGAGCACAAAGUACCAGAUAUGUACAUCAACGAAGUAAAACGGAUGAUUGAAAAUAUUUAGUGAACUAUGCGAUCAGAUUUGGAAGUGAACACACAAUAGAUUUUCAACUUUUUGAAAAAAUGACGAAUGGUACACAUAUUGUUAUGUUAAGAUCUUACAUCGUAUACACACGUUAACAUACACACAGAAUGAAAUCCUUAAUCUUUUUUGAAAAAAAACGUGAUAAACUUUUUAUCAAACUCGCCUUCUAUUAGUCUGUACACACACACA